UACGCCAUGGUUGAUCGGGUGCCUUCGUUACUGCACCAGCUUGCCCGUUUCGACCGCUCGACCAUCCUGUCCGCGGGAGACCUGGCUUCCAAGCUGAACACUGAACUGCAGGCUGUGUCUGAAGACCCCCGCCUCUUGCUGCGAGCCCCCGCUGCAGGGGAGACUGUCCCUGGACCAGCGGAGCAGCCGGUCGCCAGAGCUACUCACCUGCCCGACAACGAGGAGUUUCUGCAAGCUCUGGUGGACACAGUGUUCAAAGUGUCGGUGCUGCCGGGCAAUGUCGGCUACAUGCGCUUCGAUGAGUUUGCCGAUGCUUCCGUGCUAGGCAAGCUCGGGCCUUACAUCGUGCACCGAGUCUGGGAGCCCCUGCAGGCCACGGACAACCUGAUUGUGGACUUGCGCUACAACCCCGGGGGCCCGUCUUCGAGCGCCGUGCCAAUUUUGCUUUCCUACUUCCAGGACCCCUCCGCCGGCCUCGUGCGCCUCUUCACGACUUACGACAGGCGUACGAACGUCACCCAGGACCACAACAGCCGGCUGGAAAUGUUAGGCACGCCCUACGGAGCCCUGCGCGGCGUCUACCUGCUCACCAGCCACCACACGGCCACGGCGGCUGAGGAAUUUGCCUACCUGAUGCAGUCCCUCGGCCGCGCCACUCUGGUUGGCGAGAUCACCGCAGGAAGUCUGUUCCACACGCACACCUUCUGCAUCAUGCCGCUCAGAGAUGGGGCAGGCUGUGGCCUCCUCAUCAACGUCCCCAUCAUCUCCUUCAUUGACAACCAUGGGGACUACUGGCUUGGCGGCGGGGUGGUGCCCGACGCCAUCGUGCUUGCUGACGAGGCUCUAGAGAAAGCCCAGGAGGUUCUGGAGUUCCACAAGGGCAUGGGAGCUCUCGUCGAAGGCGUCGGGCAGUUGCUGGAGGCCCACUACGCCAUUCCCGAAAUGGCCAGGCGGGUUAGUGGCAUUCUGAGCUCCAAGUUGGCCCAAGGCGGGUAUCACACCGCGGUGGACUUUGAAACACUGGCUUCUCAGCUGACCGGCGACCUCCAAGAGGCCUCCGGAGACCACCAACUGCACAUCUUCCACAGCCAUGUGGAGCCUUCCCCGGAGGAGCAGCCUCCCAACAAGACCCCCACGCCCGAGGAGCUGAGCUACAUCAUCGAGGCCCUCUUCAAAGUGGAUGUGUUGCCCGGCAACGUGGGAUACCUGCGCUUCGACAUGAUGGCCGAGGCGGAGACCGUGAAGGCCAUCGGGCCCCAGCUCCUGCACAUGGUGUGGGAGAAGCUCGUGGACACCUCCGCCAUGAUUGUCGACAUGCGCUACAACACGGGCAGCUACUCCAGCGCAGUGCCCAUCUUCUGCUCCUACUUCUUCGACGCCGAGCCCCAGCAGCACCUCUACACCAUUUUCGACCGGAGCACCUCCCACAGCGCUGAAGUGUGGACCUUGCCGAAGGUGUCCGGCAAACGUUACGGCUCGGCGAAGGACGUCUUCAUCCUCAUUAGCCACAUGAGCGGCUCGGCCGCGGAGACUUUCACGCGCUCAAUGAAGGACCUCCACCGGGCCACCGUCAUCGGGGAGCCCACCGUGGGUGGCUCCCUCUCGGCAGGUAUCUACCGUCUGAGCAGCAGCCCCCUGUACGCCUCCAUCCCGAGCCAGGUGGUGCUCAGCCCGCUCACCGGCAAAGUGUGGAGCCUGUCUGGGCUGGAGCCGCACGUCACCACCCAAGCGACGGAGGCCCUGGCGUCCGCCCAGAACAUCAUCGGCUUGCGGGCCAAGCUGCCCGACGUGCUGCAGACAGUGGGCAAACUGAUUGCUGACAACUAUGCCUUUGCCAACCUCGGGGCCGAAGUGGCAACCAGGCUGGCCGACCUGGCCUACAAAGACCCUUACAGGAGGAUCAAUAGCGAGGCGGAGCUCGCUGAGGUCAUGGCAGCUGACCUGCAGGCUCUUUCUGGAGAUGUGCACCUGAAGAUAGCCCACAUCCCUGAUCACUUGAAGGAACGCAUCCUUGGGAGUGGACCCAUGCAGGUAA